AUGGAAUACCUGAGUACAGCGCUGAAGGAAUGCAUCCGGGGCGCCGACACCAUCCGCUGCGUCUACAUCCUCGACCCCUGGUUCGCCGGCUCCUCCAACGUGGGCAUCAACAGGUGGCGAUUUUUGCUUCAGUGUCUUGAGGAUCUUGAUGCCAAUCUACGAAAAUUAAAUUCUCGCCUGUUUGUGAUUCGUGGACAGCCAGCAGAUGUGUUUCCUCGGCUUUUCAAGGAGUGGAAUAUCACUAAGCUUUCAAUCGAGUAUGAUUCUGAACCCUUCGGAAAGGAACGGGAUGCCGCAAUUAAGAAACUGGCUACCGAAGCUGGAGUGGAAGUCAUCGUACGAAUUUCACAUACAUUAUAUGACCUAGACAAGAUCAUAGAACUCAAUGGUGGCCAGCCGCCUCUAACUUACAAAAGAUUUCAGACGCUAAUCAGCAAAAUGGAGCCACUGGAGACUCCAGUGGACACCAUUACAUCCGAAGUGAUAGAAAAGUGUGUGACUCCUUUGUCUGAAGACCAUGAUGAGAAGUACGGAGUUCCUUCCCUGGAAGAGCUAGGUUUUGAUACUGAUGGCUUACCCUCUGCAGUGUGGCCAGGAGGAGAAACUGAAGCACUUACACGUUUGGAAAGGCAUUUGGAAAGAAAAGCGUGGGUUGCCAACUUUGAAAGACCCCGGAUGAAUGCCAACUCCCUGCUCGCGAGCCCCACUGGGCUCAGUCCUUACCUCCGAUUUGGUUGUUUGUCCUGUCGGCUGUUUUACUUCAAGCUAACAGAUCUCUACAAAAAGGUAAAGAAACACAGUUCCCCUCCCCUUUCUCUUUAUGGACAACUGCUAUGGCGUGAGUUUUUCUACACAGCAGCAACAAAUAAUCCCCGCUUUGAUAAGAUGGAAGGAAACCCCAUCUGUGUUCAGAUUCCUUGGGAUAAGAAUCCUGAGGCUUUGGCAAAGUGGGCAGAGGGCCGGACAGGCUUUCCCUGGAUCGACGCCAUCAUGACCCAGCUCCGCCAGGAGGGCUGGAUCCACCACCUGGCCAGGCACGCGGUCGCCUGCUUCCUGACGCGUGGGGACCUGUGGGUGAGCUGGGAGGAAGGGAUGAAGGUAUUUGAAGAAUUACUGCUUGAUGCAGAUUGGAGCAUAAAUGCUGGAAGUUGGAUGUGGCUAUCUUGUAGUUCCUUUUUCCAACAGUUUUUUCACUGCUAUUGCCCUGUUGGUUUUGGUAGGAGAACAGAUCCCAAUGGAGACUAUAUCAGGCGCUAUUUGCCUGUCCUAAGAGGCUUCCCUGCAAAAUAUAUCUAUGAUCCCUGGAAUGCACCAGAAGGCAUCCAGAAGGUAGCCAAGUGUUUGAUCGGAGUGAAUUACCCCAAGCCGAUGGUGAACCACGCUGAGGCCAGCCGCCUGAAUAUCGAGCGGAUGAAGCAGAUCUACCAGCAGCUCUCACGGUACCGAGGGCUAGGUCUUCUUGCAUCAGUGCCUUCCAAUCCUAACGGGAAUGGAGGUCUCAUGGGCUACCCUCCCGGAGAGAGCAUUGCAGGCAGCGGCAGCAGCGGAAAAAGACUUCAGGAGCAUAAGACAAAAAUAAGGCCACGGUCUUGUGCAGGCCCAGCGUGCCUGUCCAGCGGCCAGGUGCACCCUCCCCUUCUCUCAGGCCCAGUCUGUCUGUGUCUCUCACCGCGGGAUCAGAGCCUCCACGCUUGUGUCAAGCAGCCCUGUUCCCUGACUCUGAGGGAGGUGUCCAGGGAGGCUCCGAGCAAGUGGAGAAGUGGUAAAGAAGUCUCAGUGUUGCCCCUCUGUUACAUCAUGGUCAAGUGUCUAAUCGUUGUCACCGGGUUGUGCCCCUGGGAGCAGCAUCUUACACUGUGCGCAUGCAGACGGUCAGCAGACUCACCUGUUGAAGCCAGGGCGGAGCUGCGUGGGCCCAGCGCUCGGCAGUGGGAAGCGGCCCAGUCAGGAGGAGGAGGCACGGAGCAUUGGCCCCAAGGUCCAGCGGCAGAGCCCAGACUGAGCCGAGAACAUAUUCAGGAGCACUGUUGCAGCUGAAAUUGAUGGGAGAGCCGUGCAUUUCAGUUAAAUUAUUGAAAAUACUUCUUCAUUGAUGAAGGCGGUUACAGUUUGAAUUCAUUCUUUCUAAUGACCUUUCUGUGGUUUGUAACUUUUUAAUGAAUUUCACGUAGAACAAGUGGUAAUUUGUAUAUAAAGAAGUUGGUAAAGGAAUUUGCUUAAUGUAAAUAUAGUCACAGUUAGUAUAGACCCAUCAAUAUAUUUUUGAUAAUUUUUCAUGUAUGGUAAAAGUUUAAGUUGCAAACUGAUUCUGAUAUAAAACUGAAACAUUUUGAGAGUUGAUGUGGAAAAAUAGGUUUUUAGACUUUCUUAAGAGAUUUUGUUAAAAUUUUAGGACAGAAUUUUCUUGACAACAUGGUUUGACCUAACUUUGCACUUUCAUAAUAAUGUUCAGACAUCGAUGUAAUCAGAAUUAGUAGGUGCAGCCUCUGUUAACACAGACAGUGUGCUUUAAAGUUUAAUGUGCGCCUACGCUGUGGGAGGACCAUGUGCUAAAUGUCCUUGUCUCCCUGUUUUUGUUCAUUUACAGCUAAAGUGACUUUGUUAUUAAAGUAUAUGAAAAUAUGGAAUCUUAUGUGCUUGGU